CUUCUUUUCUCUCCAUCUCUCCCUAGGGUAGACAGUAGAGUAAUAGUAAUUCAUGAUGCAAGGAACCGGAGAAUCAAACCCCCUUUCUUCUGCAACUGCUGAUUCUCCUCCUUCGUCCAUUGGAUUGGGGAUGGGGAUGGGGAUGGGCAUGGGAAUUGGAGCAGCCAUGAGAGCGGAAAAGGACAAGGGACGCAAACCCAGGAAGAAGCUACCGACUCCAAAGGAGAUGAUUGCACAUUACGAGUCCAAAGGGAUGCAGUCUCAGGAAGCCUCUCUUAAAGUCAUCGAUGAUUUACAGAAUCUUCUGAUGAGGGUUGUCACCACCGCCAAGAACACCAAUACCAAUCUGGAUCCCAUCAAUAGCCGCUUGUUAAGACUGGAAUCAAAGUUGGAUUCUAAACCUGGAUACACGCAAACCCUAGGCAUUGGUAUUGUCUCUGGAGCUGUCAUUCGUGUCUUCCCUCAAGUCGCUGCUUCCGUUGUUCAUAUUUGGAAUUGUGUUCGUGAAUCUACUUCUUCUACCUAGUUCUACUAUUUUAUGUACAUGUAUCAAACACCGUUUCAGAUUUUUAAUCCCUAAUUUGAAUGAGCCUAUCACACCUGCUUCUACCAAUCAAUAAAAUCAUAUGUUGUCG